AUGACCAAGCUCCCAGUUGCCGCCGUCACUCGUGGCAUCAAAUUCGCCAAUGAAAGUAAGUUGUUUUUGAUGUUUCCUUGGGUUUUAGGUUUUAUUAUCCAAUAUCGAGGAGAUGAGUAUUGUUUCAAAGUGACUAAGCCGUUUUGAGAGGUAUUUUUCUGUUCAAAAUUAGUUUGGAAUAUUGUACAUUAGGUGCUUUGAGAAAUUGUUUGAUAGCUCAAGUUUUAUCCAAUCAAUCUCAAUAUUUGUGGAUUCCACACUUGAAGGAAGGUUUUGGGUUUGUUUUGAGUAUUAAUUCACUUGAAAAUUAUUUCUUUUCUUUAAGAAAUUAGCAAUCUUGUUCAUGGUACCACAACCAAUUUUUUGACAACAAAAUUGGUCAAACUCGUGAAUACAACCUCAAAAUAAGAGUCUCUAGUCGUUACAUUUUCUCUGUCAGCUUUUAAAACCCAUGUUCGAUCUAUAACGACUUUUCCACCACCAAAUUAUAUUAUACUUGAUAUCAAUUGAUUUGUAGGCAAGCUAAUGAACUGGGCCCGUAAGACCGCCUGGACCUAUGGCUGGGGUGGUCGCCAAUAUGGUCUUCAGUUCCACGACCAGUGUUUCGAGCCCGCUCCGGAAGUGAAAGAGGCGUUGAGAAGGCUUAGUUUGAAGGAGCCUUGGGAGUUCGAUCAACGUAAGAUCCGUCUCACUCGUGCGCACAGUCUCGCCAUGAACAACCAGAUUCUGCCCAAGGACCAGUGGACCAAGUGGGAUGAGGUACUUUUUUAAUUUUUUCUUUUGAUUUUUAGAAAGUUUCAUAACAGAUGUCAUGGAGAAUAUAAAAUUUUAGGAGACCUUCUACUUGAAGCCCUAUCUGGAUGAGAUCUUCAAGGAGCAGAAGGAGCGUGUCGAGUCUUCUGGAUUUGUCCCCGCUUUCCAGGCCAAAGAAGAUCAUUAG